GAACUGCAAAACGAAAAUACGUUCGCCGAAGACUUAUGUGUUAUGUGAAUUCAAUAGCCACACGAAGCCUGCUUGCUUAGAUAAUAUGAUCGAAUGGUCUAAAUUUGGACUCAGUUUACAAACAAGUGUCACAGUAUGUAUUUAAAUGUGGUUGUCCAAUGUCAGCUCAAAUUAGAGAGUCGGGAUCUGAAGUUGAGGUUGUGACUCAGAGAGCUGAGAAAACCCUACGUGGGACGGGAUCAAGCAGUUAUUUCUUCCGCCAACGCAAGAUAAUCACCUAACGUGGAGUUGAAUAUAGAGUGACAGUAUCACCUUCAAUAAUGACAAACCCAAAAGACAGUUGCACGGAGACCACACCCAUCAGUGUGUCCUCGGAUGAUAGCCGAAACAAAGAAGAGGGCGAUAAGAUUAACGAGGACAUGGGCCAAAGAAGCCCUAAACGUGGGGUCGAUUCUACACUCGGUCUCCCGCCGUCUGAAAAUCGAGAGUCUGUUUCAGGCGACAUCCCUCGCCCACAGCAGUCAGAGCCUUUGGAAGCUGUGAAGGAGAAAAGCAUUACUCUUAAGCAAGAGGAACCGAGUACUGAACCAUCGCAAGGAACUGACAAUGGGGAUGAUGAAGAUGUGAUCAGACUGAAUGAAGCCUUGUCCAGAUUGGAUGUCAAGGACGAAGAUGGCCCUGAAGGUUUGUCAGGCUGCUCUUCUAGAAGUGAAAUAUUGACCAGAGUGCCUGAAACGACUUCUUUAGGUUCAUCUGUUGAUCCUGAGUCCGAUGAGUGCGGAGAUAAGGGAAGUGAAAGGUUAUCCGAGAGCUCCCUGGAAUCCGACGGGAAUGUGAGUGACGACGAAAGUGACAUCGAUUCCGAUGGAAUAAGUUCGAUGAGUGAUUCUUCUCUGCCACAAGACAGCCGGGAACAGCUUGUAGCGAGAGGACCAACAAGACGCCAAGCUUCACAGCCCCGUCAUCAGGGCAAGCCAUAUGACCGACAGCCUGCUUCGCCUUAUGUCGUCACCCGUGAACAAAAUGAUGACCUGAUGGAGUUAGUCAGGGGUUCUUCUGACGGUAAAGCCUUGUCCCAACAUUCAUCACCACAGGGACCUUUGGAUCAGACGUAUGUAGAUGCUUGGCAGGAUGAUAUCGUCGGUAAUGAUCAGUCACAGAAUGCUUCUGGAAUAUUUGAAAUCGCGAUUCAGAUCAAUCUUACCUUGAAAACCUUGAAGACAUACUCGCCUCCUUGAACCAACUAACACUUCAGAUCAAGCUUUAAGCGCAUCAGACCUAACAGAAUAUAAUAACUUUCUUAAUACCAAUAAUGUAGAGGACUUGGCUUGUAGUCCAGCACCUAUGCAAUCUACAAUACCAAUUGUGGUUGGGGAAAAACUGGAAGAGGAAAAACUGAAAGAAUUGGAAGCAAAA